UUUAGCAGAGAGUGAGCGCCUCUGCUCCAGCUCGACGGAAUCAUGGCCACCUCAGCUCUGAAGAUGCCCCGGGUUUUAAUCAGUAGUAUUUAUUGUGUAUUACUGUUCGGUACGAUACUGUGCGAUAAUGAGACGGAGGAGGACGAGCACGCGAAGCACACGUACACUGUGGAGAUGUUUAACGACGCGAUUCCGACAGCUCCACACUUCGUGAUGUUCUUCGCUCCGUGGUGUGGUCAUUGCCAGAGGCUACAGGGAACAUGGAAUGAGCUGGCAGACAAAUACAACAGUAUGGAGACUCCUCCCAUCUAUGUUGUAAAAGUAGAUUGCACUAAGGACACCAAGUUUUGCUCCAGUGACCAUGGGAUCCGUGGAUAUCCUACUCUGAAGCUGUUUAAACCUGAGCAGGAGGCAGUGAAAUAUCAGGGUUCAAGGGACCUGCAGUCACUGGAGACCUGGAUGCUGAAAACUCUACAGGAGGAGCCUGAGGAGCCUGAAAGUGAGCCCGAGCCCCCCAAAGUGCCAGAGCCCAAGCAUGGCAUGUACGAGCUUACUGCUGGCAACUUUAAAUCACAUAUUUCCAAAGGAUCUCACUUUGUGAAGUUCUUUGCGCCGUGGUGCGGACACUGCAAAGCUAUGGCUCCAACAUGGGAGCAGCUGGCUACCAGCUUUGAACACUCAGAUUUGGUCAAAAUUGGCAAGCUGGACUGCACUCAGCAUUAUGAAGUCUGUUCAGAGAACCAGGUUCGAGGAUACCCCACACUGCUCUUCUUCACUGACGGAGAGAAGGUGGAUCAGUUCAGGGGAAAACGUGAUCUGGAGUCUUUUAAGGAAUUUGUGGAUAAUCACUUGGCUGAUGCAGCUUCCAAAGACCAACCUGCUGCAGAGGAUGCAAAGGCCAAUGAAAUCCCAGAGGCUGAGGAGCCUGCUAAACCAGAGUCCAGCGUUGUCACCCUCACUGAGAGCAACUUCGAUGACAUUGUUGCCAAAGGCGUCUCCUUCAUUAAGUUUUAUGCUCCAUGGUGUGGACACUGUAAGAACCUGGCUCCUACAUGGGAGGACCUGUCAAAGAAGGAGUUUCCUGGCUUGACGGACGUGAAGAUUGCUAAAGUGGACUGCACUGUUGAGAGAUCGCUCUGCAACAGAUUCUCAGUGCAGGGAUACCCGACGCUGCUGAUAUUCCGCGCUGGUAAGCAGGGAGAGGAGCACAACGGUGGCCGGGACUUGGAGAGCCUGCACAGCUUCGUCAUGAAGCAGGCCAGAGAUGAGCUGUAGUUUUGAGCCACAUCCACCUUCAUUACACUCUGUCCCCUGCUCUGAUGUGUCUCUGAUCUUUUCCCCUGUGUUUUUCCUCAGCAAUGUGCGCAUGUGUCUCCAUCUAUGUAAACUCUCGCCAAAAGUCUAGAGUGAGGGCAAUCACUGAGAUUUAUCUAUAUGUAAAAUGUGAAUGUAGGUGAUUGCAGUAAAGUCCUUUACCGCCUAUGGACCAAUGAGAGGAAAUGGUACCUAAUGACUGACAACCACAGUUAUAAAAAUGUUCAUAUAUAUUUUUUUUCUUUCCUUUAUUUGUUUUGUUUUUCUGUCUGUCAACACAGUAUGUCAGUGUCUAUUAUAGUCUUUUCUUUUUGAACAUGUUAUAAACACAGAAAUAGAGAUUAUUGCACCAUGUAUGAGUGGAGAAAUUUUAUAACAAGGAAUUAUCCGAUGCUUUUUAAGGCCAACGGUUUGGCCAUCAUGUUUACAGUGCCCGGAAAGACAGCCCGGUUUAUUUUUGCUGUAAAAAGAGAAUCAUGUGACUUGGCUCUCAGGGAGAACAUUUUUUUAAAUAUAUAAAGUUAAAAUCAUAUGUUCCUCCUUUCUGCCUUUUCUCGUCUUCUCCUACACCACCACCUCAACCCUCUGUUUAAAAUCUGUUGGACUCUGUAUGAGAGAACUGCACUUUUUUUGUGUGCGUGUGCAUGUGUGUACGUUUCAGUGUGUUUUUGCAUCGUAAGCAAUCAUUUUCCACCAGUUUCACACAUUUACACUUUGGGGCCUGUAGCACUUAAUAUUGUAAUAAUUGUUCAUUAAAGUAAUAAUCCCAGAAAUAUAACAAAUGAAACCAUGCAAAAAGUAAUACAACGGAAUAUUGGAAUAAUGUGCCUAAUUAUGUUUUACAGUGUAUUGAAGAUUAUACAUUUUUCAGUUUGACCGUUUAUUCAAUUUUUUUCAUUUGUGGGUUUUAUACAAUUAGUAUUAAAAUAUAAAAUAUUUGGGAUUAUUACUUUACAGUGGGUUGAGGUUCCUGGGAGUCCUCUGUUGGGAAUAAAAAAAAACAUCUUUUUCAAAUGAAAUUUCACAAUAAGCAUGUACUCUCUAUUUGAAAUAGGUUGAUUU